UGGCGAUGACUUUAUAGAAGGAACUGAAUCUGAUUCGACAAUUUGUCAAAUAGAAUGGUCAAAAAGUGGCGGAAAAUUAUAGAUUUUACGUAAUUGAUCGCCGUMUUGAUUAAUAGUGUUGCAUAGCAGUUCAUUAUUUCCGCUUUGAGCCUUCUUGGACUCUGCAAAAUUGUAAGAACUUACAGGUUGAGUCGAGACUUUGUACUUCCAAACCAGGAAAACAUUUUAAUUCUUCCCAAAACUUUUUGCUUUGCUUUGCUGGAACAGAAUGUCGAAUUCUCCAGGUCAGAAAGUUAAAAAGAAACCACCAAAAUUAAAACCAUUUGCUGAUGUUGCUGAUGCAAAAGCAUCAACACCUGUUCCACCUGCUGCACCUCCCAGAAAUCUCUCAGACAAAGCAACAAUCACAGUUAAUGGGCAGGAAUUUAACUGUAAUGCUGGUGAACUACGUGAAAUAGAAGAGCUUGGUCAUGGAGCCUAUGGAUAUGUUUACAAAAUGAUCCACGAACCAACUGACACAGUCAUGGCUGUCAAGAGAAUAAGAGCCAAUGUAAAUUCUACUGAACAGAAAAGACUUUUAAUGGAUCUUGACAUUUCAAUGAGAGUCAGUGAUUAUCCUUUUACAGUGCAAUUCUAUGGUGCUCUCUUUAGGGAGGGAGAUGUUUGGAUAUGUAUGGAGUUAAUGAAGACAUCAUUGUAUGACUUAUACAAGCAMGUAUAUUCAAAACCAGAUGAUAGAAUACCAGAGGAUGUACUUGGUAAAAUAGUAGUAUCAGUUGCUCAUGCRUUAGAUUACCUUCACAGUCAACUUAAAGUCAUUCAUAGAGAUGUAAAACCAUCCAACAUUUUAGCAGAUGAAAGAGGAAAUUUUAAAUUAUGUGACUUUGGGAUUAGUGGACAAUUGGUUGACUCUCUGGCUAAAACUGUUGAUGCUGGAUGUAAACCAUAYAUGGCACCAGAAAGAAUAAAUCCAGAUCGCAACAUGCAGGGAUAUGAUAUAAGGUCUGAUAUAUGGAGUCUAGGAAUUACAAUGUUUGAGCUUGGCACAGGAAAGUUUCCUUACACUCAAUGGAAAACACCAUUUGAACAACUAAAACAGGUUGUUCAUGAACCGUCUCCAACUUUACCUGAUGGACCGUUCUCUGAUGCAUUUAGAGAUUUUAUUACCCAAUGUUUGAAAAAGGAUUAUAAAGAACGCCCAAACUACAAUCAAUUACUGUCUCAUCCAUUUAUCAUGGAGUACGACAGCAAACCAGUAGCUGUUGCAGAAUGGAUAACACCAUAUCUUAGAGAACUGAAGAAAAUCAGUUGAUUACUAAUUUUUAAUAAUAUUAAUAAAAUAUAAUUCAAUGAUUUUAGAAAUCAAUUUUCAUAUUUUCAAGAGUAAGAAACAAGACAUGAACUUUGCAAGUUUCAUUGUAAUUAUUACUUAACCCAUGAAACCACUUAAAUCACAUUCUGUAACACUUGAUUUAUUAAAAUARUACCUUGGUAACUUUAUUAGCUUUUCAUAACUCCUUGAUGAGCAUCCUUAAUGCAGAUUGAAAACUCAGUUUUGGUAUUUUUUCAUGGGUUAAUUAAUAGGGCCACUAUAUGUAGUAAUCAAUAAUAACAUUUUAUAUAAACUUAUGUGAAGAUUUUUAUUAAUAAUAAAGUUUCUCACUGCA